CUAACAGCCACCCCUGGUGCUGGUGCAGCAGCGAGGGUCUGAGGUGGGUGCCGUGCUGCGUCCUCACUGCUGCUGACUUCUGUUGCAGUGGAGGCUGCAGGGCCGGGCAGCAGCCUGAGGGGCCAGGACCAGCAGGAGCAGCCUGCCACUGCUGUGAGGAUCAGUGCCAGACCAUGCACUAUAGUACAGUGCAACUCCUUCAUCAUAUUUUGUGCCAAAGAAAAAAUUUAGUGCCAUAACUUUGAACAGCACCUUGCAUGCUCUGAUCAGGGGUGGUCAGGAGAACCACCACCACCUUGCUGCUGGCAUCUCCAGCCAUAAAGGAAAGGGAGAGUUUGAGUGAGAGAAGGUUUGAGACCGAGAGCAAGGUCACCAGACACAGCCUUGCACACACUGCUGAAGGGAAGCAUGAGUGCCAAGAGUGUGGGAAAAGACUCCCUGGGAAGGGUGACCUCAACAAACACACCCACAUACUCUGGUGGAAGAGCUCAUGAAUGCCAAGAGUGUGGCAAAGUGUUUGGUCAGAAGAGUGACCUUAAUAGACAUACCCUUACACACACUGGUGAAAGACCUCAUGAAUGCCUAGUGUGUGGCAAAGUGUUCAGUAGGAAGGGUAACCUUAACACACACACCCUUACACACACUGGUAAAAGACCUUAUGAAUGCCAAGAGUGUGGCAAAGUGUUCAGUAGGAAGAGUCAACUUAACGGACACACCCUUACACACACUGGUGAAAGACCUCAUGAAUGCCAAGAGUGUGGCAAAGUGUUCACUCAGAAAGGUAACCUUAACACACACACCCUUACACACACCGGUGAAAGACCUCAUGAAUGCCAAGAGUGUGGCAAAGUGUUCAGUAGGAAGAGUAGCCUUAACACACACACCCUUAUACACACUGGUGAAAGACCUCAUGAAUGCCAAGAGUGUGGCAAAGUGUUCAGUAGGAAGGGUCAACUUAACAGACACACCCUUACACACACUGGUGAAAGACCUCAUGAAUGCCAAGAGUGUGGCAAAGUGUUCAGUAGGAAGAGUCACCUUAACAGACACACCCUUACACACACUCAUGAAUGCCAAGAGUGUGGCAAGGUGUUCAGUAGGAAGAGUCACCUUAACACACACACCCUUACACACACUGGUGAAAGACCUCAUGAAUGGCAGGAGUGGGGCAAAGUGUUCAGUUGGAAGAGUGACCUUAACACACACGCCCUUACACACACUGGUGAAAGACCUCAUGAAUGCCAAGAGUGUGGCAAAGUGUUCACUCAGAAGAGUAACCUUAACACACACACCCUUACACACACUGGUGAAAGACCUCAUAAAUGCCAAGAGUGUGGCAAAGUGUUCACUCAGAAGAGUCACCUUAACACACACACCCUUACACACACUGGUGAAAGACCUCAUGAAUGCCCUGAGUGUAACAGAAGGUUCGGUGUGAAGGGUGAACUAAAUAGACACAUACUUACACACACUGGUGAAAGACCUCAUCAAUGCCUUGAGUGUGACAGAAGUUUCUUUUCUAAGGCUGAGUUGAACAACCACGUUGUCACACACUCUGAUCUGAGAGAGUUCAAGUGUGAUGUUUGUCUAAAACAUUUCAAGACCAAGCGGAGUAUUGCCAGGCACAUGAAGAUCCACUUCCCCUGAGGUGUUGUGUGGUGCUGCUGUAUGUGGUGGCGGUGGAGGACAGUGUUUGGCAACCCCGCCCUGGCUGAAGAACAAGACAAAAGAGAAAACAAAGAGAGAAAGACAGACGUGGAGGAACAACAAGAACAGAAAAUGAAAAAGGAAUGAAGUAGUAGUGAGUAGUGAACCUUCGCGCUGGUCGGAUGUGCUGCGCCUUGCUCGCGAAAGUGCUGAGUCGAUAUGGCUGGCCCACGGCCAACAGAAUAGAACGGUCCACCCGUGCGCAUCAUUGUGACGUCAGCGGUUUACGUCACCAGAAGUCGUCGAGAGAAAACGGAUGAUUUUGUAGCGUAAAUUAUUCUCUCUCUCUCUCUCUCUCUCUCUCUCUCUCUCUCUCUCUCUCUCUCUCUCUCUCUCUCUCUCUCUCUCUCUCUCUCUCUUAUUAUUAUUAUUAUUAUUAUUAUUAUUAUUAUUAUUAUUAUUAUUAUUAUUAUUACUACUGCUACUACACUAAUUACUUGAUCAUUAUAUCAUCAUUAGUAGUAAUAGUGCAAUUACUAUAAUUACUAGUAAUAUUAUAAUUAUUACUGUUAUUAUUACUGUUAUUACAAUUUAUCAUUGUUGUUGCCAUUAUAAUUAUUUUUUUUAUGUACGUACUAUUUGCUUUUCAAUCUAUAUUCCCUGUCUCCACGAAUGUUCCUAUGAACGAAA